AUGUCAGGUCUCACUAUUAAAGAAAAAGAGACAAUUGAAAAGAAUCUUCGUGAAGUUUUCACAGACCAACCUUUAUGUCUAACCAAUUAUCCCCCAAAAAAGUCAAUGGAAUUUUACACUAUUAUUUAUUCUUUUUGUGUUAACAGUAGAGAUAGAGAUAAUAGAAUUACAGCACCAUUAGCUGAAGCAAGGAGAGAUGGUGUUCCCAACAAAGGUGAAGUUGUUGGUGAAGAAGUUUAUAUGUUUUUAAAAAAUUUUAUAAUAGGAUAUGUCAAAAAACUGCGUCAAAGAUUAGUUAAUGUUGAAGGUGUCAGUUUACUAGAAUUAUACGUCAAAUUAUGGGAUAAUUUUUUUAUUUCUGCUACUGUUGCUAAUACUUGUUUCAGUUACCUUAACAGAUUUUAUAUUACAAGUAAAAUAGAGGAAGGAAAAGAUGAUGUUAAAUUUAUUAAAAACAUGCUUAUAAAUGAAUUUAAAGAACAUAUUUUUUUUCCAUAUAAUCAUGCCAUUAGUUCUGCUAUACUUGAUAUGAUUAAUAAAGAAAGACAUAACGAAACAAUCAAUUCUUCAUUAAUAUUUUCAACACUUCAGUCUUAUAUAAUUAUGGGAUUAACAAUUUCAGAAAAACAAAACCAGCAACAAGGAAAUGUAGGUUCAAUUGUAUACACAUCUUCUUCAGUACAAAAGGAUAAAAUUGUCAAAAAUACGGAGAUUUAUGUUGAAUUUUUUGAAGAUGGAUAUCUCGAUGCAACAAGAGCAUUUUAUGAUGAAGAGUCAACUGAAUAUCUUCAGAAUCACACUGUGUCUCAAUAUCUUAUUAUGGUGGAGAACAGAAUUAACGAAGAGAAAGAUCGAUGUACUCGAUACAUGGAUUCACGUACAGCUGAAGGGCUUAGUACUACUCUGAAUAAAGUUUUAAUUGAAAAACAUCUUGACAUUUUUAGGAAAGCAUUUGAGGAGAUGGUAGUUGAUAAUAAACGUGAUGAUUUAUCACGUAUGUACAAUUUAUGUAAAGAUAUUCCAGAUGCUAAAACUGGAUUUACUGCUACUUUACAAGAAAAUAUUAUAACGUAUGGUAGAAAAAUUAUUGAUGGAUGUUCUGAGGUAGCUACACAAAAUCCUAAAAUAUACGUUCAAAAGUUACUAGAAAUUUAUCAUAGAUUUAAUUCUAUGGUUACUGAUUGUUUCAAAAAAGAUUUUUCUCUUUCUGAGGCACUUGAUAAAGCUUGUCAGGAAGUUAUUAAUGAAAAUUCUGUAACAACUAAAGCUGGAAAUAAAAAGAAAUGUGCUGAAUUGGUGGCAAAAUAUGCUGAUUCAAUUCUUAAAAAAAAUUCAAAAAUACCUGAUGAUGAAAUGAAAGGAGCAUUAAUUGAUUUAACAACAAUAUUUAAAUAUAUUCGUGAUAAAGAUACAUUCUUAAAUUUUUAUUCACGAUCAUAUGCUAAACGUCUUAUUAAUGAUGUAUCUGUUGGAGAAGAACAUGAAACUGAUUUUAUUGGACAUUUAAAAAAUUCAUGUGGGUUUGAUUUUACUACUAAACUCGAAAAGAUGAGCAAAGAUAUGAUGAUUAGUAGGGAUGUCUCAAAGAACUUUCGUGAUUAUCUUUCAAACAAAGGCAUAAAAUCCUUUGACUUUUCAACAAAUAUUCUUACAAAUGUUAGCUGGCCAUAUAAGCAAACUAUGUCCUGUACUUUACCCCCAUCCUUAAAUUCUAUGUGGAAAGAAUUUGAAAAGUAUUAUAUUGGUCAUCAUAGUGGAAGAAAAUUAAAUCUUUUAGUAGAUCUUUCAAAAGGUGAAAUACAAUCAAACUGUUUUGAAAGGCGUCACAUUUUUACAUGUUUUACUCCACAAAUAUCUAUUUUAAUGAUGUAUAAUGAUAAAGACGAGACAACCUUUGGAGAGAUAAAAAGAAUUCUGGGAACAAAAGAUUCAGACAUAAAGACAAUGAUAAUACCACUUGUAAAAAACGAACUACUUCAUUCUUUAUGUAAGCAAGAUGGUAGCGACAUAAAUGAAAGUACAGUAUUUUCUUUAAAUACAACAUUCACAAAUAAAAAAGUGAAAAUCGAUCUAACGAGAACUGGUGGUAAAGCUGAAACCGCCAAGGAAGCUAUCGCUAUUUGUAAUAAUGUUGAAAGUGAUAGGAAAUGUCUUUUGGAGGCUAUCAUAGUUCGUGUAAUGAAAACACGGAAAGAAUUGAAGCAUCAACAAUUGUUAGUUGAAGUUAUUAGUCAAAUAGAACAUCGUUUCAAACCAGAAGUAGCACAAAUUAAAAAAUGUAUAGAUGCUUUAAUUGAGAAAGAAUAUUUGAAACGUAAAGAAAAUGACAAAGAAACUUAUGAAUAUUUGGCCUAA